CGGAGUCGGACUUGAUCCGAGAAGGAGAGGGUGGGUGUUAUAUAGAUAUUAUUAUUAUUAUAGAGCUUUUUCAGGAGAAGGGCGUUAAUGGAGGAAAAGGUGGCCAUGAGAGAGAGGGAGUGGAUACACGGUGGAGUGAGCCUUUCUGCAAUGGUGUUGGGGUUCUUUGAAGAAGGGGGAGGAAAUGAACUGGGCCGCGACCCAUUCGAGGGUGAUGGUGAAUGCAGCGAUGAAGAGGAUGGCGGAGAUGGCUCGGAAAGUAAUGCUCGAGAAAACAAGGCUUUCUGGAAGACCCAACACCAGCUCCUCCAAGAGGGCUUGUCCCGGGAUAGCUUGGCGGAAGCGAAGGUACGGAUGUCUACAGAGGAUGCCGUGAAGAAGAUGCAAUCCAUGGGACUUGUCUGCAUCUGCCCGAAUCGAAUGGCCAAGGGAUGCCGGAAUUGUGCACUAAGGCACAUCACCGAAAGGCUCCGGGAAGCAGGAUAUAACAGCGCCCUUUGCAAGUCCAAGUGGAGUCGGUCCCUGGAUAUCCCUUCAGGGGAACACAGCUACGUAGACGUGGUGAUGGAGGCAAAGAACGGCAGAAGGAACCCAAUUAGAGUAGUCAUAGAGCUGAACCUCCGUGCGGAGUUUGAGAUGGCGAGAGCCAGCGAGGAAUACAACCAGCUUGUAAACUGCCUUCCGGAGGUCUUCGUUGGCAAGUCGGAGAAGCUAAAGAAUGCGAUCAAGAUCAUGUGCUCGGCGGCGAAGAAGUGCAUGAAGGAUAACAAGAUGCACUUGGGGCCAUGGAGGAAGCACAAGUACAUGCAGUCUAAAUGGCUCGGAACACCCGAGAGGAUGGACCCUGGCCCUGGGGCGCCGUUCCUCCCAACGGCGGCGUCCGACCGGCAACCAAAGCUUAGAGCUUCCAUGCUGACCUUUGACUUGCACCGCACUGCUGUGGAAGUCAUUUGACUUCUCUCGUCGCCUCGUCUGCUUACAGUUUCGGCAUGCUUGUUAUCCUGAGAGUUGUAAAUAGGUUGAGAAAAGGAAAUUAGUAGAACUGUCGGCAGACUUCUUGAGUUGCCCAAACCAAGCACUAGAGCAACGUUGUACAAUUCCAAGAGUAAUGACCAAGGCAAGCAUCCAUGUUAAAUUAAACCAAGUGGUGACAGCUGACUUUAAGGCUUCAUCAAGCCCAAUGGGCCUAGUCCAAACGAUCUGGACAAGCUUGGGCCAAGCUUGGCAUUCUUGGGGGAAUUGUACAUGUCAACGACAGCGUUGAUAUCAUUUUUUUUUUGUUUGUUUUUGAGGAAGCCGGUGAAACAACGUUGAUAUCUUAUCCAAGAAUA